CUCACGCCAGCAGCGUACGCCGCGUACAGAAAAACAGCCGCACGUACCGUUCCCGCAUCCAUGGCCACGACCAGCACCAAGCACGUCCUUCUGUUCCCCUUCCCCGGCCAGGGCCACCUCGCCGCCUUGCUAGAAGUCGCGCGGCUCCUCCGCCGAGCCCUCCCCGCCGACGUCAAGAUUACCAUCGUCUCAACCCCGCGCAACGUUGCCGCCCUACGCGCUUCCUCCUCCGCGUCGCCCUCGUCCUCGGUCAUCAGCUUCCACGCGCUGCCGUUCGUCCCGGCCGACCACGGCCUCCCAGCCGACUGCGAGUCCACUAUCUCCCUCCCGCUCCCGGCGUUCCUCCUCCUCUUCGAGGCCUUCGAGUCGCUCGAGCCCGCCUUCGACGCCUACGUGUCCGGCCUCGUCGAGGACAAGGACGACUGCGUCGUCAUCGCCGACGUGUUCGUCGCGUGGACGGUGCGCGUCGCGCGCCGGCGCGGGUGCGGGCACGCUAUCCUCGUGUCCUGCGGCGCGCUCGGCACGGCCAUCCUGCACGCCCUGUGGAAGAACAUGCCGGCUCUGCCUUUCCACGACGACGGUCAGCUGCUCCGCCUGCUCGAGCACCCGGAGGUGGAGCUCCACCGAUCCCAGCUGUCACAGGUGUUUCUCUCCGGCCCGUCUCCCGGCAUGGACCGGGUGACUGCGUACAUGCACCGGCAGAUACGGCAUGGGUACCUGACGGACGCGGUGCUGGUGAACACGGUAGAGGAGCUGGAGCCAACCGGACUGGCCAUGGUGCACCGCACUAUCGGCAGCAAGGUCCCGGUCUGGCCCAUCGGCGCUCUCGUCCGCGAUGGUUCCGGUUCGGAUACGGCCCCGUCCGAGACCGACGCCGCCGUCAUGCGCUGGCUGGACUCGCAGCAGAGGGCAUCCGUUCUGUACAUCUCGUUCGGGCCGCAGAACUCGAUACUUCCGAAGCAGAUGAUGGAGCUGGCCACGGCACUGGAGUCCACCGGCCGGCCUUUCGUCUGGGCCUUCCGGCUGCCGGCGGCGCUCGACGUCGACGGCGCCGAAGAGUGUCUGCCGGAGGGGUUCGAGGCGCGGGCGAGCGCUGCUAGCCGGGGCCUCCUGCUCCAUGGAUGGGCGCCGCAGGUGAGGAUCCUCGCGCACGUCUCCACGGGGGCGUUCCUGAGCCACUGCGGGUGGAACUCUGUGCUGGAGAGCCUGACGCACGGCGUGCCCAUCGUCGGGUGGCCGCUCUCGGCGGAGCAGUUCUACAACGUCAAGAUGCUGGCGGAGGACUGGGGCGCGUGCGUGGAGCUGGCGCGGGGGAACGACCCGGAGAGCCCGGUCGCGGAGAGCCGCGAGGUGGCGGAGGUGAUCGAGACGGUGAUGGGGGACACGGCGAUGCGGCGGCGGGUGGUGGAGGUCCGGGAGCUGAUGAAGAGGGCGUGGGCGGAGGAUGGCAGAUCGUCCAGGACGGCACUCGGAGAGUUCUUCACAGCCAUGCAGCUGCACUGAAUCUUGUCCUGCAUGCAUGCAGGCGUGCAGUGUGAAUUCUAGUAGCAGACAGCACGUGUGUGAGCUAAUUUGGCAGGAGCGUGCAGCCCCGCUGCACUUCUUUGUAUGAUUGUAACGCUGUGGUACCAACGAUUUCUUUUUUUCUUUUUUUUUUGAGCAUGGUACCAAC